AUGAGAACGUAUGCUGUGUUCUACAAGGGAUACCUCAAACUCUUGAUAGCUAGUUUGUGGAGCAUGAUUUGCCUGAUAUUCAGAAGGCACUUAAAAACAGCAUUAAAAUACCAAAGUGUGAAAUAUGAUAUUGUCCCUUUAUCUCCCUUAUCUAAGUACCGGUUGUGUACAUUAAGACGAAAAGUUAUGGUAUUAGAUUUGGAUGAGACACUGAUUCAUUCAGUACACGAUGGGAUAAUGCGGCCAACGGUCAGACCAGGAACACCUCCAGAUUUCGUUCUCAAAGUUUUUAUUGACCAUCAUCCUGUUCGCUUCUCCGUUCAUAAACGACCGCAUGUUGAUUUUUUCCUCAAUGUGAUAAGCCAGUGGUACGAACUUGUAAUAUAUACAGCUAGUCUUGAAAUUUACGGAGCAGGAGUAACUGAGUUGCUCGACAAUGGACGCCAUAUUCUUCAGAGACGAUUUUACAGACAGCAUUGUACAUAUGAUAAUGGCAGCUAUUCAAAGAAUCUUUCCCUAAUUACCUCUGAUAUGGCUUCUGUAUUCAUAUUAGACAAUUCUCCAGGGGCCUAUCGAUCAUAUCCUGAUAAUGCUAUUCCGAUUCGGUCGUGGUUUUCCGAUUCACGUGAUACAGCCCUUCUAUGUCUACUACCAGUACUGGAUGCUCUUAGGUUUGUGAGCGAUGUACGUUCAGUACUAAGUCGUAAUUUACACAGGCCCCAAUCCAUACUACCUUAACACUAAUACAUGCAUACAUGUUCUUCUGUCCAAAUACCUGAUUACCUUUUUGUGUGACCAGAUUUUAUAGGUUCUAAUUAUUAUUAAUACUUAGUUGUAUAUUCAACUUCACAACUCUCAUUUCAGUUAAACCUUUCUAGUGCGUUAAUCUUUAUACUUAGAAUUUUAUCAGACUAUAUAAUGUGUACAUGAUGUUUUCUAAUUUCAUUAGGGCUCCUUAU